ACCAAUCACUGAAUCAGUGCAGUUGUUUAUCCCUGUCAAACACGUUGACGGUUUAUUUUUUUUUUACCCCGCAGGAUCGAGAAAUGGCAGAAGGAAACUCUAACAGACCAACAGAAAACGGGUUUCAUAAGCCGGUGGGGGAAAGUGGAGAAGAUAUAACCUGGUUAAAGAUGCAGUCUCAAAUGGGCUACCACAGAAUCAAAACUCAGGCACAGCAACUAAAGCAGGACCUUAGACAAACAGUUCUCCAGGAGCUAGACGCACUGGUAGAUGGGUUCCUCGAGGACGUGGAGCAGAUGGAGGGGAAGGAGGGACUGUCUAACAACGUCAGCUUCUCAGAACUCCGACCCAGUGUUUCAGAAUCUAGGCAUGAAAGUAUGAUCAGAAAAAAGAGAGAAGAUGGAGAACUCCCAGACAAAGUGUUUAUGCCCAGGAGCUCUGUACUGACUGAUCUUUUCAAGAUAAAAGAUGUAAAGACUAUAUAUCAUAUCUUUGUGGCCAUCUUGAUUGUGUUCAGUCUCAACACGCUGGUGUACGACCUGAUAAAUGAAGGGAGGUUGAAUCUGAACUUUGACCUGAUCCGGUACGGUAUGGGCAAGUUCUCCAAGGUGAUGGAGCUAUGGAUGUGUAUGAACCUGUCCACGCUGCUGGUUGUCUACCCGGGCUUCUACUACUGGUCCAUGAACAGGACACCCGGCCAAAAAAUAGGUGGAUAUGACAUUGCAGGAGCGUGUUGCUAUGUCCUUUACCAGUUGGUUUUUCUAGUCUGGCCAAUACACUACAUCAAGGAGAAUGCUCUACCCCCAGGCUCCAGUAUAAUAGUCACAGCUGAACAGAUCAGAUUAAUGAUGAAGGUCCAUGCCUUUGUGAGAGAAAAUAUUACAAAAGUCUUAGCUUACAAAAAAGAUGACAAUAACCAGGGCCCCCUGUGUCCCGAUUUCUCCAAAUACCUGUACUUCCUGUUUAUCCCUACCCUAGUCUACAGGGAUACCUACCCAAGGACACAGAGCAUUCAGUGGAGCUAUGUGGUCAGUAACUUUGGACAGGUCCUGGCCUGUCUCUUCUACACCUACUACAUCUUUGAGAGGUUCCUGGUGCCGGUGUUCCGUAACUUUGGUCGUGAGCACAUCACGGCAAAAGCCCUGAUCCUGUCCGUCUUUGGGUCCAUGCUACCCGCUACUUUGGUGCUAGUCCUUGGUUUCUUUGCUAUCUUACAUUCAUGGUUUAAUGCCUUUGCCGAAAUGAUGACUUUUGCUGACAGAAUGUUUUACAAGGAUUGGUGGAAUUCCACGUCUUUUGCCAACUACUACAGGACGUGGAACAUCGUGGUCCACGACUGGUUAUACACCUACAUCUACAAGGACAUCUCAAAGCUCUUCCCACAGAGGCGGUCGCUGGCCAUGGCAUGUGUGUUCUUUAUGUCGGCCGUGGCCCAUGAGUACGUGUUGAUCAUGUGCUUCAAGUUCUUUUAUCCAGUCUUAUUCGUCAUGUUUAUGGGAGCAGGAUUUGGCUUCAUCUUCUUUAAGGGAGUUGGUCGUGGCUGGAACGUCUUCCUGUGGUUGAUGUUGAUCAUGGGUAAUGGAAUGUUGAUGUGUCUCUACAGUCUGGAAUGGUACGCCAGACAGAGGUGUCCCGAAAAUACGGACAACUUUCUGGAUUAUCUGAUCCCAAGAUCAUGGACAUGUGACUUUGAAGCCAUGGAAAGUUAAACAGAACACCAUCUCCCAGAAUUCUGUCUCUCCCAAGGGCGUAUAAACUAACUAAUGGGACAUGCAACUAUCGCAAGUCUUCAGAAUGUAAUUUCAUGAAAUGUAUUGUUCAUUUGCCCUAAAAUGUGUUCACCCUAAUUUUUUCUCACUCUAAAAUUUGCUCAACUUAGGUCCAUUCUUCAUACAGUAUAAUUAUUUAAAAGAUUAAAUUUUGAUAUGAUGAAAGAGGCUGUUCAUAAUUAUCAAUAUUAAAGUAAAUAUUACCAUUUAAAU